AAGGUAGAGUCUAAAAAGGUGUGUCUUGAGUUUUCGACGGAAGAUGUAGAGGCUCUCUGCAGUCCUGAUGUCAUCGGAGAGCUCAUUCCACCAUCUCGGAGCCAGGACAGCAAAGAGUCGCAAUCUCGUCGAGUGCUUUUCUCUCAGUGAGGGAGGAACAAGCCGCUUGGCAGAUGCAGAUCGAAGUGUGCGAGUUGGGAUGUAGGGUUUCACCAUGUCCUGGAUGUAGACUGGUCCCGAUCCAUUCACAGCAUGGUACGUCAGUACCAAUGUUUUGAACUGGAUGCGGGCAGGUACUGGUAACCAAUGAAGUGAACGGAGAAGCGGUGUGGUGUGGAAGUAUUUCGGAAGGUUGAAGACCAGUCGAGCUGCUGCAUUCUGGAUGAGCUGCAAUGGUCGUAUGGCAGUACCUGGGAGACCCGCCAGCAGAGAGUUGCAGUAGUCAAGGCGGGAGAUGACAAGCACCUGAAUCAGUACCUGUGCCGCCUUCUGAGUGAGAAGGGGUCGUAUUCUCCUGAUGUUGUAGAGCGUGUAUCUGCAGGAUCGGGUCGUCGCUGCGAUGUUGGCAGUCAGGGAGAGUUGGGAGUCAAGUGUCACGCCGAGGUUCCUGGCACUCUGAGUGGGCGUUAACACGAAGUUGCCGAAGUUAACGGUCAGGUCCUGGGUGGGCGAGCUUUUUCCAGGGAAGAAAAGUAGUUCGGUCUUGUCGGGGUUGAUCUUCAGGUGAUGAGCGGACAUCCACUGGGAGAUGUCAGUCAGACAUGCAGAGAUCCGUGCCGCCACCUGAGUGUCCGAGUCGGGGAAGGAGAGAAUUAGUUGGGUGUCGUCGGCAUAGCUGUGAUAGGAAAAACCGUGCGAGCGAAUGACGGAGCCAAGGGAGUUGGUGUAAAUUGAGAAGAGGAGGGGACCCAGGACGGAGCCCUGAGGAACUCCAGUGGUAAGGGGACAAGGUUCCAACACUGAUCCUCCCCAAGUUACCCGGUAGGUGCGACCGUCAAGGUAGGAUGAGAGAAGAGACAGCGCGGAUCCUGUGACACCAAGUUCCUGAAGGGCGGUGAUAAGGAUCUGGUGGUUUACUGUGUCGAAUGCUGCAGAAAGGUCCAGUAGGAUGAGCACGGAGGAGAGCGAGGCGCCUCUAGCAGCGUGGAGUUGUUCCGUGACAGCGAGGAGAGCAGUCUCUGUGGAAUGGCCCGCCUUGAAGCCUGACUGGUGGGGGUCUAGGAGGUUGUUACUAUGGAGGUAGGAGGAGAGUUGGUUGAAGAUGGCUCGUUCAAUUGUUUUGGACAGGAAGGGAAGGAGGGAUACGGGUCUGUAGUUGUUUACUUCCGAAGGGUUGAGGGUGGGUUUCUUCAGAAGUGGGUUAACUCUUGCUUCCUUCAAGGUGUUGGGGAAACAGCCAGAUAACAGAGCAUUGUUAAUGAGACAUGUGAGGAAGGGAAGAAGAUCAGGGGCGAUCGACUGUAGGAUAUGGGAUGGGAUGGGGUCAAGGGGGCAGGUGGUGGGACGGGCAGAGGUUAUUAAGGUAAGGACUUUGUUAGGGGACAGGGGUGUGAAACAGGGUAGUGAGGGCGAUUGGGGCGAGGUCUGUGCGAUAUAACUGGAAGGAGGUGGGUUGGAGAAGGAGGAGCGUAUGUCAUCUAUUUUUCUGGUAAAGUAGGUGACAAAGUCUCCUGGGAGAAGGGUGGAGGGGGGAGGAGGACUGGGGGGUUCGAGGAGGUUAGUGAAGAUGGAAAAUAGUUUUUGGGGGUUGGAAAAUGAGUGAUCCAUGUUAGGGCUGCAACAACGAAUCGAUGAAAUCGAUUAAAAUCGAUUAUUAAAAGCGUUGGCAACGAAUUUCAUUAUCGAUUCGUUGUGUCGCGCGACUAUUAUGUUUGAGUAUUUAAAAAAAAGUUGAGCGCGCCGCGCAGAGCUGAGAGAAAAAAAGUUGAGCGCUUGCGAACAGAGAAGAAAAACAGCUCCGCCCAGCAGAGCGUUGAGACCCGUAAUACUGUGAAACAUGCGGAGGAAGAGAAACCAAUGCGACUUAAAUCCUCCCAGGUAUGGGGAUAUUUCACGGGGGGGUGCUGGCGCUUUUCUUUGCAGCGCCAGUCUCAUCUUUUUCCGUUCUAAUCGCUGCGCUUGACUUCAAGGUGUAACCUUUAUUAUUGUUCGGUCUGAAACGGCGCGCCCAGUGACGGGUGGUGCAGCAAUAUUGUUGUCCGGGUGGAAGUCGAGAGAAAGGUCGGUCCGGGAGAUUUUCGGGAGGGGCUUUGAAAUUCGGGAGUCUGAUUGUAAGAUAUGCAAAAGCGACAUGGCCUGGCACGGGAGCACCACGGCGAUGAUUCAGCACCAUACACCGAAACAUGUUGGAAAAAUCUAAUCUAAAUAUUUUUUGUGCCUAAUUAUUUAAUUUGGCAGCUGUAAAGUAUACAUCAUGCGAUGUGUUUUUUGUGUUAGUCCAUUUUAUUUGCUUACUUAGGGAUGUUCAAGGAGCAAUCUGUUUGUGCAGUUUCUAAAUGUUUUGCACUGUCAGUUCUAUUUUUCAAUAAAGGGUUAAUAUGUUACGUUUCUUUUGGCCCAUUCAUUUACAUUGCUUUGCAAAUAGGUCACGUGACUAUCAAGUUUCCCGUUAGUGAAAAGAAAAACAUGGCGGACGGUCGGCAUAUUCUCCGUGAAAAACACAAUAUUUUAAGAAAGCAUCAGCAUUUGUAUGGAUUUCGAUGGCAUUUCUAGCGAGAAGUAUGCGUUAUUCUUUCAUAAUCUUCUAUCAGAGACUGUAGAAGACUUUCCGUUUAUUCGUUUCUGCGAAGAUUUGAGUGUCUCUUUGAGAAAGCCACGCAACGCCUUUAACGGCGCAUCAAAACAAACCACAGUGAACAUGAACGAAGAAGCUGACGAGAUCGUGUCGGGUGGCCCCGUGAAUGGGAAAUUUUAUUUAAAAAAUCAAACGGAUGGAAGCGUCGAUAAGAGCAUGGUUGUGUGCAAGCUAUGCAACAAGGAAUUCGCAUAUCACCGCAGCACAUCGAGCCUCAAGUAUCACCUCAACGCAAAACAAUUACCAGCUAGCAUGGACGUUAGCCGGACUCCGAGUACAAGGACCCACACCCAACCCACACUGCACCAGAUUACUGGUUUAAGGACCAGGGUAACUAAGUCCACGUCUGAAAAAAUAACCAAUGUUCUGAAUGUACUUGAAAGUAUUGGUCUACUUAAAUCAGGAAUCAGGAAUCAGGAAACGUUUAUUGCCAUAGUAUGUUGUACAUACAUGGAAAUUGUCUUGGCGGAAGGUGCAUGAAGACAGUACAAUAAAGACAACAUAGUGCAAAUGAGAUAAAAAUAGAAUAAAAUAAAAGUAUAAUAAAAUAUAAGCUAUGGGUUAGUACGCUAAAAACUAAAGCUAUGGGUUAGUAAGUUAGAGGAGAUAAGAUAAAAUUAGGAAUAAAAAAAUAAGGAUAAAGUGCACCAGCUAAACAAAGUGACGGGUGACAGGUGAAAGUGACACAGUGAUGAUGAGCAUGGGAGUCAGAGUCAGUCAGGGGGGGCCCGGGCUCUGUUGAUGAGCCCGACUGCCGAAGGGAAGAAACUGUUCGUGUGGCGGGACAUCUUAGUCCUGAUGGACCUCAGCCUCCUGCCGGAUGGAAGGGGCACAAACAGUUCAUGUCCAGGGUGGGAGGGGUCGGCUACAAUCUUUCUGGCCCGCUUCAGAGUCCUGGCAGCGAGUCCUGAAGAGACUGAAGAUUGCAGCCAGUCACCCUCUCCGCAGAACAUAGUUUACAGAAGGUCUACUUACCUAUAGGCUACCUGAAUUUCUGAAAGUACUAUAUUUCUAAAUAUGCUAUUGCUACACUUUUCUGCUGGAAUUGGUUGAACAAAAAUAAAAAUCCAUGUGAAAAAAAUUACUUCUCACUGUUCUCAGGUCAAAUUUGUAUGCAAUUUAAAUGCGAUUAAUUUCGAUUAAUUAAUUACAAAGCAUCUAAUUAAUUAGAUUAAUAUUUCUAAUCGAGUGCCGGCCCUAAUAUAUAUAUAUAACCAUAAUCAUCAAAAUUAUAUCAAAUAAAGGCAUAAUUAUAUAAUAACUAAUAUAUUAGUUUCACUUUUUAAGUUGAAUUACUGAAAGUAAUGAGCUUUUGCAUAAUAUUAAAAAUUUUCGCGUUUCACCUGUAAAGGUUUGAACAGUUUUAACUUUUCCCAAAGUUCUUUGUUUGAUACUGAUAUUUAAUGAAUAUGAAUGCCUUAUUUUAGUAACAUUUUAUGUCAUACCCACUCAAAAAGGCCUCCACCGAAAAUCAGUCAAAUGUAUUUAUUAACAUGCAUUCAACACAAAAGGUUAUGACAUGGUUAUGACAUAUGGAGCAGGUCUGUAUAAACGGUAGAGAUGAGCGUGUACAGCAUUUUCUGUAUCUGUAUCUGUAUCUGUUGAACCAUAUGAAUUAUCUGUAUCCGUAUCCGAGCCUGCUGACUGAGGAAGGGAGAGAGGAGUUCUGUGUGUGUGUGAGUGAGCCGAGCGGGACACAGCAACACAAACAGUAUGUGUGUAGGGGAGGGGCGCUGUGACUACCAGCCAAUCACAGAACGCAGACACAGACAGCUACCCAAUGAGGACUUUUAUUCAAUCCGAGCACAGAUAUUGACUCGUAUUACUCGUAUAAUACUCGUACUCGGCAAAAGUGCUUUAUCCGGAUACUCGUUUCAGCCGAGUAUCCGGCUCAUCUCUAAUAAACAGUCUUUUUCCACAAACAUCUGAAGAAAAAUAAAUAUUACGGUUUUAGGGCUGUCCCUUUUGUUGAUUACUGGUUCUUAAAAGAUGGCGCCGCAGAUGGCUGCCUCGGCGUUUCGGUGCUCUUUGUUUUUUGUUGUUUUCGUUGUAAAUUGUGUUUCCUGUUGCGAAUCCCGGAGUUCUUUCACCAGAGAUGAGCUCUUGAACAUCCGUGGAACAACUCCAGCGGAGUUAUUUCCAACUUUUCUUCUCUCAUCUGUGGAAUUACUGGACAUUCUAGUCAAAGGUUUGCUCACCUUUACUCACGCGGUGAGACGCCGGAGGAGAGGAAAAGGUGCCGGCUCGUUAGUGCGACUCCGCAAACGUGGUUCUCGCACACCGCUGCCAGGCAUCUUUCUCUCCAACGUGUGCUCACUGUGCAACAAACUGGACGAACUUCAGCUGCUGGUGAGAAGAGACAGAGACCUUUCUUCAUCCUCCGUUUUGUGCUUCACGGAGACGUGGUUCUGCGGAUUGAUACCAGACUCCGCGCUCCAGCUGGCCGGCUUCCAGCUGCUCAGAGCGGACCGCAACACGGAGCUCUCCGGCAAGACGAAGGGUGGAGGUAUCUGUUUCUACUAACGACGUAACAGUGAUCCUGCAACACUGUUCUCCUGCUCUGGAAUCCUUCUUUAUCAACUGCAAACCCUUCUACUCCCCCCAUGAGAUCGCUUCAUUCAUUCUGGUCGGUGUUUUACAUGCCGCCAGCGGGCAACGUGCACGAGGCACAGCAAACACUCGCUGACCAGAUAGCGUGUGGAGCGGAAAAACCCGGACUCUUUGGUUAUUGUCCUCGGUGACUUUAACAAAGGAAACCUCAGCCACGAACUUCCUAAGUUCAAACAAUUUAUUAAAUGCCCGACCAGAGAGGAGAACACGGUGGACCACUGCUACACUACAGCAAGCAGGGCUUAUCACGCCGUCCCUCGUGCUGCGCUGGGUCACUCCAACCACGUCAUGGUCCACCUGAUUCCUGCAUACAGGCAGAAACUAAAGCUCUGCAAACCUGUGGUGAGGGAAUCCAAGAAGUGGACCAGCGAGGCUCUAGAGGAUCUUCGGCCGUGUUUUGACUGCACAGACUGGGAUGUUUUCAGGACUGCUUCUGACAAUCUGGAUGAGUUCACAGAGGCUGUAACUUCCUACAUUGGCUUCUGUGAGGACAGCUGUGUACCAUCAUGCACCAGGGUGAGUUAUAACAACGACAAACCCUGGUUUUCAGCGGAACUCAGAAAACUACGUCUGCAGAAGGAUCAGGCAUUUAGGAGUGGGGACAAACUCACAAACUCCAAGCCGAAAACCCCCCAUUCCAUGAAUGAACUCCGCCUGGCAGAUGAGCUGAAUGAGUUCUACUGCAGAUUUGAAAGACAAUGUCCUGACUCCAUCCCCUACAACUCCACCUCCUCCCCCGACCCAUCAAUUCAAUUCAAUUCAUUUUAUUUUGUAUAGUCUAAAAUCGCAAAUUACAAAUUUGCCUCAGAGGGCUUUACAGUCUGUACACAUGCAACAUCCUCUGUCCCGAAACCCCCACAUCGGCACAGGAAAAACUCCCCAAAAUAUGAAAAAACCCUUCAAUGGGGAAAAAAGGGAAGAAACCUUAGGGAGAACGUCAGAGGAGGGAUCCCUCUCCCGGCAUGGGAGUGCAAUGGAUGUCAUGUGUACAGAAUCAACAAUGUAAAAGAUGUAAAAUACAUUCAAUUUCUCUAACAGAAAUGACACAAGUAAUUGCAAGUAGCAGAACAAGUGUACGGCAGGACCACUGCAGGGACAACCACCAUCAGAUAGAACCACCAUCCACAGAGGCUUCUGUGGGGAGGGAGAGCAGAAAGAUGUUGGUUUAUGAUGACAGUAAUAUGAAUCACAAUUAAAGUAAUAAUGAUGGCAGCAGGUGUCAGCAGAGCCAUGCCAGGAGUCAGAACCGGGAUCCACGGAGACCUGCUAGGUGAGAAAGCACAAAGAACUCCCGGAAAGAAGCUUAAUUAGUGAUCUACAUUAAUAAAAGAUGGAUGAUUGUGGAAGGAGAGAUUGAGAGUAAGAGAGGGGCUCGGUGUGUCCUAAGAAGUCCCCCGGCAGUCUAAGCCUAGAGCAGCUUAACUAAGGGCUGGUCCAGGCUAACUUGAGCCAGCCCUAACUAUAAGCAAUAUCAAAGAGGAAAGUUUUAAGCUUUAUCUUAAAUGAACUGACCGAGCCCGCCCCCCAGACUGAAAGUGGAAGCUGGUUCCACAAAAGAGGAGCUUGAUAACUGAAGGCUCUGGCCCCCAACCUACUUUUUAAAACUCUAGGAACCACAAGUAGCCCAGCAUCUACGGAGCGUAGAUGCCUUGUAGGGCAAUACGGUGUAACAAGCUCUUUAAGAUAAGACGGUGCCUCACCAGCAAGUGCCUUGCAGGUGAGGAGAAGGACCUUAAAUUAUAUUCUUGAUUUAACAGGAAGCCAGUGCAGAGAAGUUAAUACAGGAGUUAUAUGAUCCCAUUUCUUUGUUCGUGUUAAUCCACGUGCUGCAGCAUUCUGAAUCAGCUGGAGAGGUUUAAGCGAUUUACAAGAGCAGCCUGAUAACAAAGAAUUACAAUAAUCCAGUCUAGAAGUAACAAAUGCUCUCUCCGGCUCUUCAAAAGACAAAACCCCCGGAAAGCAGCCGGUCCGAACUCGGUCUCGCCCCACAUCCUGAAGCAUUGUGCUGACCAGCUGUCUCCUGUGUUCACCGCCAUCUUCAACACCUCCUUGGUGACAUGCCACGUCCCAGCCUGCUUCAAGAUCUCCACCAUCAUCCCUGUUCCCAAGAAGCCCAGGAUCACAGGACUGAAUGACUACAGGCCCGUCGCCCUGACCUCUGUACUCAUGAAGUCCUUUGAACGGCUAGUCCUGUCCCACCUAAAGUCCCUCACCGACCCCCUCCUGGACCCCCUGCAGUUCGCCUACAGAGCCAACAGGUCUGUAGACGAUGCUGUCAACAUGACCCUUCACUUCAUCCUCCAGCCUUCAGCUCUGCCUUCAACACCAUCAUCCUGUAUCUGCUGCAGGACAAACUCUCUCAGCUAUACGUGCCCGACUCCACCUGCAAGUGGAUCACUGACUUCCGGUCCGACAGGAAGCAGCACGUGAAGCUGGGGAAACACGUCCGGUCCGGGGCAAGACCGUGGAGAUGGUCGUGGACUUCAGGAAGAAGCCCCACCUUCCCCCCUCACCUUGUGUGACUCCCCCGUCACCACUGUGGACUCCUUCCGUUUCCUGGGUUCCAUCAUUACCAAGGACCUCAAGUGGGACCUGAACAUCAGCUCCAUCACAAAAAAGGCUCAGCAGAGGAUGUUCUUCCUGAGGCAGCUGAAGCAAUAUAUUAACAUAUAUUAACAUAUAUAUAUGUUAUAUUUUAUUAUACUUUUAUUUUAUUUUUAUCUUUUUGCUGCACUAUGUUGUCAUUAUUGUACUGUCUUCCGUCAUGCACCAACCGCUAAGACAAUUUCCAUGUAUGUCUAACAUAUUAUGGCAAUAAAUGUUUCCUGAUUCCUGAUAUAGUCUCUGAAGUGGAAGAAACAAUCCAGUAGUGAGGAAAGAAUCACUUUAUUGCUCACACUAUACCUGGCAUUCUAUUGUUCGGGUAAUUAAUGCACCAAAGGAUCCAAGAGAAGAGGGGAUAUCUGAGAGCAGACACAGCCAAAGUGAGUGGCUUUUUACUAUAAACUAGGGCGCACAACACAAUGUCUGACAUGUCUGCACUCUACAGUUAGAGAAAAGGCCAACCAAAUACAAGCGCAGACGUGCUAUUUGAGUGUGAGGGUGCGGUUUGGGGUUAGCUUUAUAAAACCCAAAUCAAUGAGUCCCUGCACUCGAAUUGCUAACCACUGGUUGCCGUUUAUGUCAUUUAUUUGGGUGGAAAGACUGAACGGUCUAAGAGCCAGAAACCUGUGUGUUUAUUUGAGAGAUUAUAAUCUUCUGCUGCACAGUCUCAUCGACUUGGGGUGCUCAAAGUUGAACAAAUUCAAUCCACAUUCAUGAAUUAUCAUUCAGUCUUAGUAGUAUGUAUUUAAAAUGUUUUGAAGUUGACAAAGCUUGGUAUGAUCAAAGCUCUCAACAAGAAGGCAUCCAUGCUCGUUUUGUUUUGCAUCGAUUUGGCGGCUUUCUCCGGUUCUAUCUACUAUUCUUCUUGCAGAAAUGUGCAGGAGUCCUUUUACAUGAACAAAUUCAUCCCCAAAGUUCAUUACAUCACUUGACAUAUGAAAGCUGACCUCAUUUUAUACUAUGUAAACAUUCAUUUCUGUAGUAAUGGAAAUAGUAUCUCAUCUCAUGAGUUCAUAUUCAUGAAACCCACCUCUGAACACUUGAAUGUUUCCAAGCUAUCCUAAACUGCAUCAGGCGCAUGGCAGCUAGCAACUUUCGUACUCAGAUGUUUUUUCCCUGAAAAAAUGAAAUUUCGUUAAGCAACAGAAAGCCACAUGCCACCACAGGGUUUUCGAUGCAACAUAAACAUGAACUCUUUUGAGUGCCAAUUCUGUGAAAACUUCGGACCCUCAUCAUUAUUCUGUUCAUAGUGUGUAAUAUCCUCUGAAAUCUUAAAUUCAUAUCAGUCUUGCUCUUUGUGUUAUUAGAACCUGUUGUAUGCGGAAGCAUUAUGGAUGUGGGCUGGUUUCAGUCAAACUUUCAUUCGUGGUAUUUUUCUCAUGCGAGGGGGAUUUACACCUUUUUUGUAGAAUAUGAUGCUGUUUCACUAUGAAUUCGUUCAGUCCACUGGAGUGGCACUCGGGGUUUUUCCCUCCUUUGUGUGGCUGGUAUAAGCAAUGUGAGAUUCGGCUGAGGGCGUGUGGCUUUUGGUUGCUCACCAGCAGCUAACAAUAUUUCCACUAGUGGAGAAGGUGUGGCUCGAUGGCACAUAAAAUACAGGACACAGAAAUAUGAAUGUAAUGGUUACUCGUGGACCAUUACUUUUUUAAUCUGUUGUCUUGUAUAUAUUUCGUCCUUUGUCCAAUUUUGGUUAUUGUUGACAAAUAUAUUUGUUUGUGAUGUACUUUUUAAUGUUGUCAUGUACGGUGGUCUAGUGCCCUUGCGCAUAUACUAUGGGUUUUACGGUAGUUAAUGUUAUGCCUGUAAAGGGAGACAUGGUGAUCCAUUAAACCAGCGCGGCUAUCUAAGAAAGCCUCUAAUGCAUUUAUUUACAAAUGCUAUUUUAAAUUCCAAUGAUGGUAAUAGUUUAAUGAAUAAGCUUCAAGUGAUGGCAGUGUGAGUUUGAGUGUGCUUCUGAUUGUAGUAUAGAGAACAAGUUUGGACGUUAAAAGAAAUCCUGUUAAAUUUUCUGAUUUGUAUUUUUAGGGAGAAACCUGUACUUUUUUUGCUGUACUUUCUGAAGUGAAUAAUGUAGUUCUGUUUUAGAAUAAAGGGUUAGAAAUUAAACUUUUUAAAGCUGUUUUUUAUCUGAUUAAUCGCAAAAAUAAUUAACCAAUGAAUCGAUUACCAAAAUAAUUAUUAGUUGCAGCCCACAGUGUCACAAUUAACAUUUUUAAUACAUUUUAGAGUUGUUGUCAUAGAAAAUUCCCAUACAAGGGUUUAGAAUAGAUCUUAAGUCAAGUUAGCACUUGAGUCAUUUUCUUAACCAAAGAUGGCUGCCAACAUCACGUUCCCAAAUGUUUUUUCCUUUGUCUUAUUUUAUGCAAAAUGAGUUUCUUUGGGCUUAGUAUCACUGGACCAGCAUGUUGAGGCUGGAUAAUGGGUAAUGGUUGGAUUAGUGAUUGACAGUUUAUAAAACAAAUGACUUCUCUAUUAAGAUGUUUGUAACCUGUUUCCAUGAAACUCAUAGUUUUGGCUCAAAAUAUUGCAGCAGACCGGAAAGUAUUCAUAAAGGACCUUUAUAAAAUGUCAGUGGUAGCUCUUGUGACUGUCAUUUUCUUCCUCUAUCUGGCAUUUAGAAACAGGCUGGGUGGACUGCUUGAUUGAACUUAAUGGUUUUAACAUUUACAUCUUUGUCUCAGACAUCCAUCCAUCACCUAGAAGAAGCUCUAGUCAUUCCACCCUACAGCAAGUCCUGCAUCCUGAAUGUUGAACCAACUCUGCCCUCUUCAGCUGAGAAGAGGAGCAGCCACACAUCCGACGAGAGCGACGUGGAAAGUGUCACUGGAAGUGCUGCUGGGAGCAGUGGAGGACGUUAUAAAAUGCGACUGAGCAAUAACCUCCUCUCUUCCUCCUCGGCUUCAUCUUCAUCGUCUUUGUCAGAUCCUUUAUCCCCAGAGCCUAAUCCCUUGAGGUCCAUUGGUGGACAGAGUACACACACUGGCCGACCCUCUGAUUCUGUACGCAUAUCACAAACAGUCAGUGGCUCUGAAGGACUAAUCCCAGCAAACAAGGAGGACAGAAAGUUGGUGGGAGAGGUGGGAAACCAUGAUGUGGACCUGGACACGUUAACCCUCGGCAGGCGUGGAGAGGAAGUGGAGCAGGUGGAGAAACUCCAUAGUGACUGCUGGGAGACGCAGUCUUCCUCUUCUUCAGAAGUUUGCAAUCCCAUUCCAGCUAUGCCCACACUCAUGAGAGGCACAAAAGAAGUUGCCAUAGGAACCGUUUGCUGCUCUUUAGAUGAUGAUGAUGAUGAUGCUGAGGAAGAAGAGGACGAUGAGGACGACGGGCAGUUUGGAUAUAUGCAGCGUCCAUGAAACGCACGGGACAGCUGUCCCUCACUUCUCUGGAUUGCACAUGUACUGGGAGGGACUUCUGGGGAAACAGAAACUCAGCUGUGCAUACGGUAGCAACGUUGGUUUACCAACCCCCAACUGCCCCAGCCAGCCUCACUUUGAGCAUGACAUUUCACUCCAAGCCGAACAACAUUCAUGGAGACACAAUGGGAUUGUGGAGGAUUCUUCUGCAUUUACACCUCGACUGGAGAAAAACCCACUGUCCUGCUGUGUAGUGCUGUGUGUUUCCCUACCUGCUCCUUCCAACGUCUCCAUCUCCUCCUUCAACCUGGAGCACAAACUCUGCUUCCUGCCUGGCCUCGAGACCCCCUCGGACAUCCGCUUCACUGUUCAGAUCCUUCGCCUCAGGAGGAGAAUGUGGAGACCAGUGACUGCGUGUUCGGAGCUGAGGGCUGGACAGACAUGUGACCUAACCCACGUGUUCAAGGACCCCUCGGAUCCCUACAGGGCCCGCGUCCAAGCCUUCACCUUCACCCAGACAUCCAACUGGACUGUUUCCGAGCGGUUCACGCCUCUAUCUGACACUGUGUUGGGACCUCCGGAUGUGUCCUUGUCUGGCUGUGGCAAUUGUUUGCUCCUGCACAUCACACUUCCUACGAAGGCAGUGAAGCAGCUAAAACAGCUGUACAGGAGAGUUGUCCUCCAUGUCCAGAGGUCCAGGGAUGGUGCACAGUUCAAUCUGAGUCUGCCUUACAACGAGGAAAACAAGAUCUCUUAUCUGCAGCAAGGUGUGGAGUACUGUGUGAGCGUCUCUGUGACAUCACUCAUCAACUACAACUGCGUGGCGAGUACACCUCGCUGUGCCUUCACCAGCCUACCUCGGCCCACAAGCUCACUGCACAUGCUCCUCAGCCUGCUGGGUCCGUUCUGUGCGUUGGCAUUUCUCCUCGUUGGACUGGUCGUUUUCGGGGGUCAGCUGUGCUUUAAAAUAUGGAGACAACCGCUGCAGAGAACUCUGAAUCGCCCCCGCUGUAGCCUCAGAUGAGAUGUCCGCCUUGCAGCAGCAUAGAGAGGGCUCCGCUGACUGCCUGCUGCUGCCCGUCUCCAGCAGCUGCCUUCAGGGGGGGAGCAAGUGUUUGGGAGCCUGUGGAGUUAAUUUGGUUGGGGGUAAAGUGUGUGGUUUACAAUAAUUCAGAUGCUUUUGUAAAUUGUUAUAAUUCUGUUUCCAUAUCAACACUUUGCUUAUGUCUUCUGACUUUAUUUAGUUUGAUGGGGAUAAAUAUUCCCAAAGGUCACUGAAUUUCUCAAUUCAUUAGUGUUAGCAUCCUGCCAUCCUGUUUUGACUCUCACUGUUAUACUUACUGAGGGUGCAUUUUUUUUCUGUGAUUCCAUAUGGAGGUGCACUUAACCUUAAAAAUAGAUUUUUAAGUUUAUAUGUAUUUAGAAUUUCUGGCAGAACAAAGUUCCUCAUGUGCCCUCUUACCAGAUAAUGAAACACAUCAGUCGCAGUGUCAAACAAACAGCAGGACUUUAACCACGAGUCAACAGGCAGUUAUCUUUGUGACAACACCUAUGCUUAGCUUGAAUUUUUUCCAACUUACAUUUCAUUUAGCUGCCACUUUUAUACCAUAGUUUUUACAUUUUUGCCCAGAGAGCAAUUAGGAGUUGGGUGUUUUGCUCAAUGAUACUUCGACAUGGAGCAUCCAGGGUUCCCAGAACACCCUCUCUACUCUAUGCGGCAUCAUCGCCAACUAAUGAAGUGGUUUUGUUACCUAAAUCCACAUAAAGAUUCAUAGAUACAAUUGUGAUUCCCAGAUGAGUUAUGUCUUCAUUCAGGGCAUCAGCUUGAUCCUUGGCCACACCAAUCAGCCAGAGAGUGUGUGUGUGUGAGAGUGAGUGAGUGAGUGAGAGAGAGAGAGAUAAAGCCCUUCUUGCUUCAAAU